AUGCGCUCUACCCUUCCCCUCUUCCUCGCUCUGUUUCCCAUCAUGACCGCCUCCGCCUCCGUGGUGAUGAUCAGCGUCCAGGACUUGGACCUCUUGGAGAAUCCAUCCCACUUCAAGAUCGCAGAGGUCGACUACGGCCCGACAGCUCUGACGUUCGAAGUCGACGGCGGUGGUCGCUUCACGCUAUUCGGGACCGCCAGCCGGAACCGUACCGUAGUCCCACCCACCAAGUACAGUUCCGGGCCGGGCGAGUUCUUCUGGAUGCCCAAUGCCGGAGACGAGGGGAAGGUCAAGUGCCGACUGAAGGGCGAGCUGCCGGCUGAUAUCAAAUUUGACCCAGAGUACGAGGAUCCGAAAUGGAUCAUUGCGCUUCCCGGCGAGACCGCUCGUGGGCCAUGCGAGGCCAAAUGGGGCGUCUCAAUCGAGUGUGACGAAAAGGUGGAAUGUUACACGGGCUCGAAGCCUCAGCCGUGGGAUGACGACUAUGUGCCGCCUGCAGGCAUGUUCGAAAACUUUGCCACGUGA